AGCGCGCUCGUGUGUGGCUCCUCGCUGGGCGCUCUUCGCUCACAUGCCGCCUUUUGCACGUGUACCAAAACAUCAAAAUUUCAAGUGCCGUUCAAAUAUUUACCGAAAUCAUUACCGCCUCUAACCGGAAGUGGGAAAAUCAAGUGGAAGAAAAAGUGAUUUCUAGUGCUAGAGUUUCUUUCUGUCUUGUUUAGUGCCUGAUGCCAACAAAAUGGAUUAUAAAACGUUUCGAACUUUAACUUAAUCGCUGAAAGGAUAAUCCGAGGAAAUAUUCUUACAUAAGUGUCAUUCAUCUGUACACGUUUGGAAAUGUUUUAAAAUUUUAGUGCUGGUAGUGUGGGUGGAAGCUUGAAAAUUUCAAAAUUUUACUUGUGUUUCGUGUUGUGUGUGCGAUAUUGUACAGCACAACACUUCCGCGAAGAGAAACUAGAAACUAAAUUAUACAAUAAUGACAAAUGCUAACAAAAGUACUAAACUAGGCAAAAAUUCAAAAAAAAGGGAGAAGUUUACGCAGUCUUGGUAACAAGUCUCGAGUGUGUGUGAAUUUGUGCGUUUUCGCUUAAUCGCCGGCCGUGUGAUAAGCUACGCACGCCCGGAGAGGUGCUGAAAGUGCGCUAAAAACGCUUAAAAGUUCGCGGAGCGCAGGAGCCGCGUGCGCGGCGACGCAACCGAGUGUUAUUGUCUCUUUAUCGCGAGCGUCGAGCAUAAUCGGUCAUUCACAUUGUUUAAAAAUAACCGACGCGCGUGUUCCGCGAUCCCGCGGCCGCUCACACCGUACCCAACCGUUUCACAUAAUUUCCAACAGCGUUUUCGAGCAUCUGCGCGGAUUUUUUUUUGCCAAAACUUGAAAAUUUUCGCCAAAAUAUACACCGGUUCGCAUGGUAUGAUCCCCGUGGGUAAUCACUUUGAUUAUUGGGAUUUGGGUGGUUCUAGGGACGUUAUCGGCGGGUAACGAUCGGCUUCCCGGUUUCUCGGUUGUUCCUUCGAAGGAACGCGACCGGCUAGCUUAGCGCAAGCGAACGCGUCGAGCGCUCCGGCUCGACCAUAUUUGGCGGUGAACAACCUCGAGUUCAAUGGCUUUCAACCGCGCCUCCUAAACACGAGCCGAGCGCGCGCGCUCGAUACGAACGAGGCGAGCGACGACGUCGGCCUCUCGUGUGCAUCUUUCUUGGCUUUUCCGAGCAUUUCCCGGCGAAAAACACGCAAAAAUCAGCUGGUUACGAUCGAAAUCAUCGAAAUAAUGACUUAAGCAUUAACUUAACUUAAGUCAAGCAUGCUAGGAUAUUUCUACAACGCGUAGGUGCAUCGUAGGGAAGUAAAUGUCACGAGUAGAUUUAUGAAAUAUUGUUUUCUAUCCAUCCCAUUGAAUGUUAUCGGUUUGGAGCUUUUUCGCAUUGUUCCGAAAGCCUUUACAGCGUGUUUGAGUUGAGUGUAUGUUGACUGUUGGGUUAGUCACUGAGUUCACUUGGUGGGUGGUGACUUAAGUCGGUGAAGGCAAAGUGCGCGUACCGCUGAAAAAAAAAGGCGAAUCAAGCGCGGAUCCGUUCGACAGCGCGAUCGACGGCCCGGCUUGGGCGAACGCCCGAAAAAACGAAAUUAUUGUCGCCCGGUUGUUGAACCUUCCGCACUUGCCGCACGUCCUCGCGUGCGUAAAUGUGUGUGACGCUGUCCGCGUGAAAUUUCCUCCUCAUUUCGGAACAAAUUAACAACGAUUUUUUUUUCGCUUCCAUACACACACACGAAAAAUUUUCAAGUUUCCACUUGGCACCUGAAGAAGAUUAUUUGCUUGCACUUCAAGGAUUUAGAAUUCAAAAGUGACUUAAGUACUAAUAAAAUAUCCGUCCAGAAUUUCGACUGAAUUUUCUACAAAUCUACACGAAACAAAAAAUAAAAAUAAAAGCAAAGUGUGUCUAUAUGCAAAGUGCGUUUACAUCAUAGUGUCUUAUCUCACCACAAAGUGUCUACACGAGCCGGGGGCGGUUUAAGCGAGCGCGAGUUUCAAUUACGGCGGCGCUGCCAUGCGAAGCAUAGCCACCCGGCUGGCCAGUAGCGUUAAGAAGCGGAGUCGCGUACGAACGUUGACGCCGCCGUCGCCGCCGCCACCGCCGUCGCACGCAGACGAUGGACAAUUUUCAAGAGCUGUUCAGUGCCGCGGAUAAUUGGGCCGCGGCGGUCGCCGCCUCCUCGGACGCUGCUGCUGCGGCGGCGGCGGCGGCCGCAGUAGACUCAACGUCACCGCCGCCGCCAUCUCUCGCGCACCACCACCAACACGCCCACCAACAACAACAACAACAACAGCAUCUACAUUCAGUCACCACAAAUCUUAUCGACGACAAGGAGGAGAAGAAGAGCGCUAAUUCUAUUAGAGCACAAAUCGAGAUCAUACCCUGCAAGGUAUGCGGCGACAAGAGCAGUGGCGUGCACUACGGCGUCAUCACGUGCGAGGGCUGCAAGGGCUUCUUCCGGCGCUCGCAGUCGUCGGUGGUCAACUAUCAGUGUCCACGCAACAAGAACUGCGUCGUCGACCGCGUCAAUCGCAAUCGCUGCCAGUACUGUCGCCUUCAGAAAUGCCUUCGAUUGGGCAUGAGUCGAGAUGCCGUGAAAUUCGGUCGUAUGUCAAAGAAACAGCGCGAAAAAGUCGAAGACGAAGUACGAUUCCACCGGGCGCAGCUGCGCGCGCAGAACGAUUCGGCGCCCGACAGUUCAGUGUUCGAGCAGCAGACGCCAUCUAGCAGCGAUCAGCUGCACCACAACUACAAUGGAGGGUACACUUAUAAUAGUGAUGUGGGAACAUACACGCCUACGUACUACACCGGCCAGACGCAGAUUCAAACGACGAAUUCGAUGGGCUACGAUAUCUCCGCCGAUUACGUGGAUAGUACGACGGCGUACGACCCGCGGCCCGGAAUCGACCCUCUCAGCGACACCGGCAGCCUGAUGACAAACGUCGUCACCACAGGAGAUACUAACAAUGGGGGUAGUGACCGCGUUGGUGGUGGUGGUGGUGGUGACGGUGUCGUCGGUGGCGGCUGCAAGCGCGCGCAGGCGGUCGCCACCGACGGCAAUAGUGCCGGCCGCGUGCCCACCGUCAAGCAGGAGGCCGCGGCGACGGCUGGGGCAGCGGCGGACACGCUCGUGCCGGGCGGCCAUGUCGAUAGCACCACAUUUGUUAAUUCACCCACAGUGCAGUCGAGCAGCGCGAGGCAGCAGACCAGUUCGCAAGUGGCGGCGCGCGCCACCGACGACUGCGAACCUGUUUCAUUGCCUAACCCGAGUCAGAUAUCAGAGCUCCUCUCAAAGACAAUAUCGGAUGCGCAUGCGCGCACCUGUCUAUACACGAUGGAGCACAUCAACGAGAUGUUCCGCAAGCCGCAAGAUCUCUCCCGCCUGCUGUACUACAAGAAUAUGGCGCACGAGGAACUGUGGUUAGAGUGCGCCCAGAAGCUCACCACCAUCAUCCAGCAGAUCAUCGAGUUCGCUAAGAUGGUGCCUGGCUUUAUGAAACUCUCCCAGGACGAUCAGAUCGUCUUGCUCAAAGCAGGAAGUUUCGAACUGGGCGUAAUACGAAUGUCGCGCUACUUGGACCUCUCGCAGAAUUGCGUUCUCUACGGAGACACGAUGCUGCCGCAGGAGGCUUUUUUCACCUCCGACACGCACGAGAUGAAGUUAGUGACGUGCGUUUUCGACAUCGCCAAGGCUGUCGCCUCUCUGAAGCUUACAGAAACGGAGAUUGCUUUGUACUCAGCGUGUGUUCUCCUCUCACCUGAUCGACCUGGACUCAAAGGCGUCGGUGAGAUAAGUCGACUUAGCCAGGCAGUGCUGCGCGCGCUGCGAAUCGAGUUGGACAAGAACCAUACGCUUCCCAUCAAAGGAGACGUCACCGUAUGUGAUGCCCUGCUUACGAAAAUACCCGUUUUACGUGAAGUGAGUAUACUGCACAUGGACGCGCUGGGAAAAUUGAAAAGAUCUGCACCACACCUCGAAUUCCCCGCCUUACACAAGGAGCUGUUCAGCGUGGACAGUUGAGAGGAUUAACGAAAGGGAGCGACAGAAAAAAGAAGAAACCGACGCAAAACUCACGCAAAUAAAUCUAAAUAAAAAGCACACACAUUUACUACCCCAGUUUCGAGUACGCGGCGCGCAGUAGGCGAGUCUAUAAUACCACGACACACACACGGUAAGUACCCUCUAGCGCCCGGGGAGGAAGCAGCGCGCAAAUCGGAGGGUUUUAGCAACACUGCGAGACGAAACUCACACAUCGUUCACUCCACUUACGUGUUACGGAGAGGGCGGCGGUGGAACUUUUCGUAGCGAGUUUUUUUAUUAAUCGUUCGUAAACUAUUACACUUACACACUGUGAUCGUCCCUUUCUAAUCGUAAUCUGUGUGUGUGUGUGUUCGUAUGUUGUAGAAAUUCCUUCAUACUGAUUGUAUCGGCCUUAAUAUAUUAAAACACACACAAAAAUAAAAACAUAAAAACACAAUCGCGAAUAUACUGCUUGGAUUCAAGCGGGAGAAAAGAAAACACGUUGUUGUGAAUAGAAAUUAAUUUAAACGCAGAUCUCUAUUACUUAUUACGAGCGAUGUGAGAUUUUUUCUUCCUUGGCACGACGAGGCGCUUCAAAAAAACAAGAGAAAAAAAAAAUACUAAGAAAACUGCUGGACGUGUGUGCGCGCUUGAGCCAGGCCCUGAUUUCAAAGUACAACUUAUUUGUUUGUUGUUUGUUAUUACUUAUGAAUGAAUAUAUAUAAACGUUUAAAAUGUAAUCUAUUUAUACACACACACACACACACAACACACACGCGUAUAUACGAAUGGGUUUAGGAGUCAAGUUGUCAAGUUUAGUCACAUAACCAAUGAUUGAGAAUCCGUAGGUGCUGCCUCGUCGUCCGCGGGACGGAAAAGUCCCGCAGUUUGUUUUUUUAAUUUACGUACUCACGCAUCGUAAUCUGCCACUUAAACGUAAACCACUCUAUUACAUACACUCUAAUAGGUAAAAAACGCAAGAAAAGUCUACAAUACGAGAAAUUAUAUAUUAUAUAUGAUUAGGGCGUAAAUAAAACUGUAAAAUAUAUUAGCGUCGACAGUGGAGGUAGCCGCCAGGAUUUAAUUUCCGAUAAAUUUCGACACGUUUGGCUUGUUACGGGUGGCUACCUUCAAUUGGCGAUCAUGUUCAUUCGAUUUGUACUACACAGAGGACACGCGCGCGCGACAGAAAGCAGUGAACCACACACACGAUGAAAAAAAAAAAACAAAACGCGAAGACACACGACGCGAGGAAUGAGGUUAUGUUUAAUUUUACUACGUUUUUUUAAUUAAUUACAUGGUGGCGAACACGGUUUUUUAUAAAUAACUAUAAAUAUUAUAUAUAAAUAUAUAUAUAAAGAAAGAUAAACAGAGAUGUAUAUGUAUAAAAUAUAUGAAAUAGUAUAUAGAAAUAUUUAUGAUGAAUAGAUUUAUAUGAUUUUAGUUUUAUUUUGAAUAAUGUUAUAUAUUAUAUAUAACAAAUGGAAUAAAAACAAAAAACAAACGAGGUGCAUUAUGAAACUUGAAGACAAAUUACGUAAAUUUUUUGCAUUUCGCGAUAAUGCUUCAAAACGAAACGUAUAAGAAAAAGAAAAAAUGAAACAAAAAAUGAGAUUGACAGAGUUUAUAAUAACACUUUAUAUAUUUGUUAUGAAUGCAAAUUAUAAACAAAAAAAAAUUAAUAUGACUAUGAUAUGACUUAAAACUGACGAUCGGGCGUGCGCAUGCGCGUCGAUCCGCAACGGUACAAAUAAUAAACACAAAAAAAAACAAGAAUGAAACAAAUAACAAAUUUACAUGAUUGUUGUACAAUAUGAUUAUAUAACUGCACUGCAUUAUUGUGAAUGAUGAGAGAUGCUAUUUAUUACAUUUACGGUUUGAUUCGUCGAAUUUAUUCAAAAUAAAACGCUAAAAUACAAAAGUAAACUAGAAUUCUAAGAUUCUAAGGACGCAACACAGAACUGGAUGACACACUUAAUAAAGAUCGGGGUGAUAAUAUAAAAUGGCGGACGAUGAUGUGUUUGGUGAACAAGAUGGCGGUCGGGUUUGGGACGCGCGCUUUCGUUUCGCUUUUUGCAAGACGAUCGCUUUCGUUUUCAGCACACACACACACAUUCACACCACACACACACAUCUACACCUGUACAAUGUAUAACGGACCGCUUCGAAACGACGCCAGAAUAGUUCUAUAUUACAAUACGAUUAUUAAAAAUAUAUAACGUUAAGUUAGAUUUAUAAUUAAUGAGAUAUGGCAAGGCGAACAUUUUGAUGAUAAAAAGAAAUUUACUGAUGAAAACACACAACUAAAAUUGCGUCAAGCUUUUUUGUACAUGUGUUAACCAUUGUUGAGCGUGAAUAUUGUCAAUCGUUCUGUGUCAAAAGAGAAGAAAGUCCUUGUUUUAUAUUUAAUUUCGUAUCAUUUUUCUUUUUUGUUUUUGUUUUUAUUUAUAUGUAUAUGAUGUUAAAGUAAUUCGUAAACGUACUAUAAGUUGAUUUCGUGGAGCAAUUUGAAUGUGUGUGUAUGACAAGAUUCGUGAAUUUCAAAACAUCACACGCUGCGCAACAAUGGUUAACACAUUUAUUGUUAGAGGCUAUGUUAAUUAUUGUCGACCGUCGAUAAUUAAGCUUUACGAUCCGAAACGUAUCCAAAUUACGUGUUCCCGUUCUUCUCCUUCGCCACGUUUUCGUUCGGAUUACUUAUUCUUCCUGCCACCACCUUCACUUUAUCACACACACCCGUUGUGUUCCUUUGAUUGAUUUUUUUUUUAUAUAUUUUUUUUGUUUUACACCGGUUCUUAUACUUUUUCUGUGCGCGGCUGCCCUGUUUAAUAUUGUAAAACGUAAUUCGGUAUGAUUUGUGGUAUUGUAAGAUAGCCUAUUUGUAUAAAACAAACAAAAACACAUUUUUGGGAAAAAAUGAAAUGAUGGGGGAUGGUUUAAAGCUAUUUGUUAAUUUUUUUAAUGCAUAAAAUUAAUUCAGAACGAAAAAUAUAAAUAUUAAAAGUUAAAAA